UUCCACCUUCAGCAUCUUCUCAACCUUCUCUCUAUCCACUUCCCUUUUUUCUCACUUUAACAUCUUUCACUCUUUUUAAAAAGCUUCAAUCUCUUCCCUUCUUGUCUUCUCCAGAAACUAAAGAAAAUAAAAUCUUUCGAGAUGGAACUCAUCCCUAAUCUCCCCUACGACGUAGCUCGCGAGUGUCUCCUCCGCUCCUCUUACAAACAGUUCCCUGUUAUGGCCUCCGUUUGCAGAGGCUGGAACCGUGAAGUCUCUCUCUCUGAGUUUUUCCAGCAACGAAAAGCUUCAGGGCAUAGCCAAGAGCUUCUCAUCAUGUCGCAAGCUCGUGUCGACACGGACAGAGAACCCGGAUCCGGCAAGAACUUCGCAUCGCCGGAAUACCGGGUCGCUGUUCUUGAAUCCGGGUCGGGUCUCUGGACGGAGCUUCCUCCGAUUCCGGGUCGACUCAACGGACUGCCUCUGUUCUGUAAACUUGUUUCUAUCGGGUCGGAUCUUAUUGUAUUGGGUGGGCUUGACCCGGUUACAUGGCAGGCCUCUGAUUCGGUCUUCGUCUUCAGUUUCCUCAGCUCCAAAUGGCGCGCGGGGGCGACCAUGCCAGGUGUCAAGAGAUCAUUCUUCGGAUGCGCUUCGGAUUCAGAUCGGACGGUGCUGGUUGCCGGUGGACACGACGAAGAGAAGCAAGCGCUGACGUCAGCGAUCGUGUAUGAUUUGGCGGAAGACGAGUGGAUGUUUUUGCCGUAUAUGUCGCGGGAACGAGACGAGUGCAAGGCGAUUUUCCACGCUGGCAAAUUCCACGUCAUCGGUGGAUACGCCACGGAGGAACAGGGGCAGUUCAGUAAAUCUGCUGAAUCCUUCGAUGUGUGCGCGUGGCAAUGGGGUCCAGUGAGAGAGGAGUUUCUCGACGGCGGGGAAACCGUAAGCGCUCCGAUAUACGCUACCACCGGCGAAAACGGGGACCUGUACGCGUGCUGGCGUGGAGAUGUGAUGGUGCUUAGGAAUGGCACGUGGCAGAUAGUUGGCCAAAUCCCUGCUGAUGUGUACAGUGUGGCGUACGCGGCAGCGAGGCCGGGAAAGCUGACUGUGAUCGGCAACGGCAAGGCUUUGGCUGGUUACGCUGGAGCUACCGUAGGGUAUAUCUGUGAUUUAGGUAGCUUUAGAUGGGUAAAAUUAGAAACACAUGUUGGUCACGUGCAAGCUGGUUGCUUCUUAGAGGUUUAAUAUGAAAAGCUCCACUCUUCGGAGUUUGGAUCUAAGACCAUCUUUAUCUUAUUAGAGGUUUCUUAAUCGGGGGAUCCCAUAAAAACCGAUCACAAAAAUAAUGAAAUAAAGACCAAAAGUAAUGAAAUAAGGGUCGAUCUUGGUUGGUUUUUUUUACUAAAAACCGAUUACAAAAGUAAUGAAAUAAAGACCAAAAGUAAUGAAAUGAGGACCUAUUUUGGAUGGGUUUUUGUACUUGUUUGCGGAUUACACCGUUACAUGACAGUUCGCGAUUGGUUUGUA